AGUUGAGGGACAAUUUAUGAUAUAUCUUUUAAAGCUGUCAAAACAAGUGACGAAAGCUUCCAUCUCCUCGGUGUCUCGCAAUUGAACUUCUCGGCGGCCCACGCGCGCGCACACAUUUUUUCUCUUUUCCAUGGAAACGAUGAUACUAUCUAUGAUCCCGUGAAGAAAAUUGCUAGACAUGCGGCAGCAAUCGAAGAACAACAACGAUUAUCUCUCUCCCCUCCCCUGCUGCUUUCUUUACACAAUCUCUGAUACUUCAUACAUCUUCGCCAGUCCGAUCGUCGUAUCGGGAAAAUCAUGAAUAGGCGUACAUCUUUCGCUCUGUUCCUCCUCUGCCUCUUCGUUUUCCUUGCUGCAUCUCGCGUUUCAGCUAAGGACCUUUUUGUUGACAAUGAUAACGGAGAGGCAACUGGAUCCACUAUAGAUCUGGGCCGGCGUAGUAAAGUGGUUGUGGACACACUAAAAAACAAUGUGAUAGGUGGUGAUAAGAUUGAUCCAAAGGCUGUGGGUGUACUGAAUUUGGAUUCUGGUCUUGGGGUUUUUGAUGCAUUUUUUGCUAGUUUGUCAAUGAUCCUUGUCAGUGAGAUUGGAGAUGAGACUUUUAUAAUAGCAGCUCUCAUGGCAAUGCGUCAUCCAAAGUCAAUUGUCCUCUCUGGUGCACUCAGUGCUCUAUUUGUGAUGACGAUACUUUCAACGGGGCUUGGUAGGAUUGUUCCAAACCUGAUAUCCAGGAAGCAUACAAAUAGUGCCGCUACAGUUCUUUAUGCCUUUUUUGGGUUGCGGUUGCUUUAUAUUGCUUGGAGAUCAAAUUCAAAAUCAUCCCAGAAGAAGGAGAUGGAAGAAGUGGAGGAGAAACUGGAGUCUGGACAAGGGAAAACAAGUGUCCGGCGAUUCUUUUCUAGGUUCUGUACUCCUAUAUUCUUAGAGUCAUUUAUUUUGACAUUUUUAGCAGAAUGGGGUGAUCGGAGCCAAAUAGCCACAAUAGCUCUAGCAACACAUAAAAAUGCAGUAGGGGUUGCAGUGGGGGCCAUAAUAGGGCACACGAUCUGUACAUCGGUUGCAGUGAUUGGUGGAAGCAUGCUGGCCUCCAAAAUCUCACAACGUACGGUUGCAACAGUUGGAGGAGCUGUUUAA